AUGUCUAAAAGGAAAAUUGAUGGUGGAGCUGCCUCACCAGAGGUAAAAACAACCAAGAAACCAACAAAACAGCAACCUCACCAGUCAAUUUCAAUAUGUAUACCAUCAAGUGUAAUAUCGGCCAAGAAUGCAUACAAUCUACAACAGAAGACCAUGAUUGCGUAUCAGAUAGCGAAGGCGUGUUUGAUUUAUGACGUUGCUGAAAUUGUUGUUUUGAAGCAAGUUGAGAAGGGAGUUGAGAUUGUGGGUAAAGAGAAGGACACUGAGAAGAAUCAUGAUGGUGUCGCAAAGACAGAAGUGGUGGUUUCUGGCCCUGGUGUUGGAAAGAAGGUCGUUUUCAGUGAAGAGGAUGACGAUACCAAAGUUGAUCUCAGCUCAGCUCCUGAAGUUACCCAAGAGCCCGUUGCAAUGACAUCAGAGUUGGAUAAUCAACUCCAUGUGGUUACCAACAACAACAACGGCACUCUCAGCAAUGAGAUUGAUGAUGCAUUGUUAUUAGCCAGUCUAUUACAAUUCUUCAUAACUCCUCCAUACUUGACCAAAACCAUGUUUCUGCCGCGGUUGAACCCCAAAUUCGCCACCAUAUUGUCUAAAUUCAAAUAUGCUUCUAAAUUACCCAAGAUCCCCAGUUUACCAUUUAUGCAAAACAACAAUGUCCAUGAACAUUUCAAAGAAGGGGUGAUUAUCCCACGAGCCACACCCAAGAUCAAGACCAAAUCGAAAUCCAACAAGAACAAAUUGGUGCCAUCUCCUCACAAGGUGACAGUCAGCAAAUAUGUCAAUAUUGGUGAAUCGGAAGCGAUGAAGUUGGACAUAGCUAGAGAGUUGCCAGUGUAUUCACGAGUCACUGUUGAUGUGCGAAACAAGACUAUCGUCAGUGCAAAACUGGCAUAUGGCGUCCAUGGACACAGACUGUCGUUUGGAUAUCAUGUGCGAAUGGUGAAUGAUGUCCAGUUUAAUAAAUUGUUUACGAACUCUCCCUUGGUUGAUGGGUACAGUGAGACGAUAUUUGUCAAUUGUGAUGAUUAUUUUGACAAGUGGAAUCAGCUAUUGCAGGAGCAGGGUGUGCCGACGUACGAGAAGAAGAAGAAGAAGAGUGAAGAGAGUGGGGGAACGAAUGUGAAUGUGUUGAUGAUUUUGGGUAACUUGGGUACAAUUCAACGAAAUUUCGAGUGUGAUGAGGCUAAGGAAGAGAUGUUUGAAGGGUUGGAGAGUGUGGUCAAGUUGUUUGAUUAUAGGUUGGACAUUCCCAACGGUUGCAAAAUAGAAGACGCAAUUUUGAUUGCGUUGACGAGAUUACAACAAUAG